AUGAGGUCUUUUUGGGCGUCUAUCUUUGGCAGACCCAAAAAUACUGAAGACUCGAAAAGUGAAAGUCAUCAGAAUGAAAGAGCUGGUCUUUUCCCUCCAGGAACAAUGGCUGAAGAAGUUGCAAAUAUUUCGAAAAAUGGGGAGGAGUUCAAUCGGGAUCAGGGUGAUGAACUCGACGAGCGUGGUAAUGACGGCCAAAGUGAAUCCCGAGCCGAAAAGUAUAGAUCUCGCUUGAAUAAUCUAUUACAGGGAAUGAAUAAGUGGCAAGAAGUCUUAUCGGCAGAAUUGCAAGCUAGACAGAAGAUGAGAGAGGUGGGGUUCAAACGAUCGGCUGUCUCCCGAGCAGAUGCUAGCUUCAUGAAAGAAAUUCAACGACUACAAGCAGAAGGACAACUUGAGGCUUUUAAACAACUGUCUAAGCUUGCAGAUGCUUGCCAAUCAGCACGUGAUGGACUUGGCCCUCUAGAAUAUGAAGGUUUCGAAGCUCAAAAGAAGCUACAGGGAACUGUGUGGGAAUUGCAACAAGUAGAAGAUGCACUCUUCGAAAGUUUUGCAUCCGAGCUUGGAGAAAGCUAUGAAGAGUCUUCAGUCACUUCGGGUUCAAGCUCAGCACAUGAUAUUCUUGAAAUUCCUCCUCCAGCCAUUGUAAAGAAUCAUGGGAUUCGAAAUCAACAUGACGAAGACACUGGAGAUCAGUUUUGCCCACCGACAAAUAUCAUCACUGAUAUUGAGAGACAGCAAAUUCUUUCUGAGACUCCGCUCUACAUCACAGAUCCCGUGAAUAAACAGUCAGUUGUACACGAUUUAAGAAUGCUACUCAGCAAUGAGGAAAAUCAACCUGUUCCGGCAGUACGCUUCAGACACUCAGCGAAAUCGGGGUCCAGCGUGAAUGGAUCGAGCGAAGGACCGCUUCCACUUGAUCAAAAUAGCAUGGAGAAACUGAAAAAUCCACUGUUGCUGGGACUGGACAAUCAAGAGGGGCUUUUUCUCCAGGAGCCGCAUUAUGACCCUACGUUGUUAUUAGAUCCGGAAAUUAGUGAACAGGUUAACGACGAAGGGCAACAACUUGAACCAACUUCCGGUUCAGAUUCUGGAGCUUUCGACUUUGAUAUGCUCGAGGACAAGGAUAUGAGCACUUUCACUACAAAACAGCAUUCAAGUACAGAAUCGUUUCCCGAACUGCUGACGCAAUUUGGUACCAAACGCGAUCGAAUCAACAAAUGGUUACUACAUAAGAUGCUUAUAUCUAGAUCAGAGGCGAGUCUUAUUGGGCUACAGCUACAAACAGAGUCGGACUCAUCGCCAUCCCCUUGGGCGAAAUUGAUUGUUGCCUAUUUUCAGUUUGAUUACAAUACAUCAAAGCCUGCAAAUAGCCAGGAAGGGAAGAACAUGAGCACGAUGGGAAAAAUUUCAGAAAUUCAGUAG